CGAAGUGAAGAAAAAUGGAGGGAGACGACGGAGGUGACGACAGCGAGUUCGGAAGCGUGACGUCAUCUCAAGCAUCGAUUCUCAAACACUCCCGCUUCGCCGGUAUCUCGCCAGAUCGCCGAAAUCUGCCGGAGAAUUCAUCCGGUGAUCGAACAGAGUCGGAUUCCAGCAAGGGUAGCGACCAUUCCAAGGUUCUCGGAGAUCGUUUCUCGUCACCGGUGGUCCGAACACCGAUUUUGACUAGUCAGGAUUCGAUUUUUCGUACUCCUCCCGAGGAGCCUUAUUUCUCCUCCGCUGCAGAUUCGGAUCCCACAGUUAGGGUUUCAUUGACGGAUCCUGCUUCUGCAUCUGCGAUUGCAACCGGAGAUUCGGAAUUUCCAUCCUCUGGGGCCGAGGAGAUCAGAGUUUUGUUGGCGACGCCUGAUUCUGCUUCGUCCUCUGCGACCGAAGAUGUUAGGGUUUCGGGAGCAGAACCUGCUUUAGCUACUGGAGAUUUGGAAUCUCCGUUGUUUGGGGCCAAAAACGUUAGCGGUUUGGAGGCAACGCCUGAUUCUUCUCCGUCCUCUCCGACUGUAAAUGUUCGAGUUUCGGGAAAGGAAGCCGUAUCCGCGUUCGUGGGUCUUGACGGAGAUUCAGCAUCUCCUCUCUCUGGGGCUGAAAACGCUAGGGUUUCGGGAAAACGGCCAGGUUCUGCUUCUGCUUCUGCGGCCAUCAAAUUCAGGGUUUUGGAAGCUGCUAAUAAUUCAGCCGAAGACCAUCUUCCGGUCUCUCUGAAAGAUGUUAUCGAAGCCAUUCUUCGCAACAGCGGAGAAGAAGAACGAAGUUCAGAGUGCGAAAACCUCAGCAUUGUGGACAUACUCAGAAAGAGUGGCAUCCAGUUUCCGGAUUAGAAUGAUCAAGCACAUUUAUCGGCUUGGUGAUGCAGCACCUCAAAUAUUGCCGCUACUUUAUUGGUGAAUAUGCAGUGGAAUAUUGUCUGUGUUCAGAUGAAUAA